CCAACAGUCUAUCAAUCAUGUGCUAAACUGGGUGUGGGGAGGCAUGUGAAGCUCAUUUCCCACCUCCCUGUAGGUGUGGUAGGACGUUUCUCAGGUCAGUGUCUAACAAACAAUGGAAAAUAGUUUGGCAAAUGCACAGAGGGAGUAUCCCAAGAGUAGAGAGGCGUCUAGUAUCAGCAUGGCCGAGGCAGGUCCAGCUGACGACGACUUUGAGGAUUUUGACGAUGAUUCCAAUUUCUGGGAUGACUGUGACGAAUACUAUGAGCCAGAGACACUCAAUGAUGAGCGACAACGAGAACAACAAUUGACACAGGAAGACUGGGAACAACAUUGCAAGGAACAACUGACACAGGAAGAAUGGGAACAACAGCUGCCACAACACCACCGGCGGAGGGAGAGGGUGGCAGAGUUGGUGGAGACGGAACGCAAUUAUAUCAAAGACCUGGAAACACUCUUGGAAGUCAGUGCUCUUGCCUCCUCCAGGAACCACGUGCUCAAGGCCAUCGACUUGCAUACUGUCCUUGGUAACAUUUCACAAGUGCUGGACAUGAACAAGCGGCUGUUGAACAAGCUGGAACAAGAACAGCAGCAUAGUGAUGAAGACAUGUUGAUUGGGUGGGUGUUCCUGCAGUUCAAGUCAGAGCUGUGUCAGGUCUAUAAGGUGUACUGCUCCACUUACAGUGUUGAGGUCCUCCCUCUACUGAAAAAGUAUGAGGAGUCAGAGGUAGCAGAGGUGGAGCUGGCGUGGAUAGCUGGGGAGCUUAAGAGUCACUCCAAACAUCUCCUCUCCCUCAACACUGUCCUCAUCAAGCCUGUACAGCGCAUCCUCAAGUACCAUCUGUACCUGAAGGAGUUGGUGCAUGAUACCGUCACUACACACCAGGACUACCUCGACCUACAGAUGGCCCUGUACUGCCUCCAAGCAGAUGCCAAGGAGUUGAAUGAAUAUACCCGUGGCCUAGGCCUUGUACACAAGUACCGGAGUGAUGUCGACGACUCCCUCCAUGGCAAGAUACGACGCGUCAACCUUCAUUCAAUCGCCAAGAAGUCUGCGAGGAUGUCUACCAUACUCUCCCAGAAGCUGGGUAUCAUCGGUCAGACCACAAACACAAACUUUGACAAGAUGGUAACGAAGUUUCGAAGUGUUCAAUGGGCUGCUGGGGCGCUAGUAACCCAUACAGAAUCACUGCUGGAGGCGGUACGCACCAGACACACGGCCGAAUUGAUCAUCUCCGAGAGCCUGGCCGACCUCCUACCACCAGCACUCCAUAUCCAAGUCAUCAGGGAAGUCACUUUAGACUCCUGCAAUAGGAUCCUCCAAAUGUUUGACUGUGAGGUACAGCAGCGAGUGUUACAGCCGGCAGCACAGGUAGUUAUGUUGUGCAAGGCUCCCUCACGACUUAUCCAGAAGCGACACAACAAGAAACUUGACUACGAUGCUGCCCAGGCCAAAGAACAGCUGGACAGGGACAUUAACACCGCUGCCUCCGAAGAUGAGGAUAUGGAGGUGAAGGGAGCCUACAUGUCCCUCAAUAGCCUGCUGACUGCGGAGUUACCAGUCCUCACCCAACAUGCUGCAGAGAUGCUCACACUGGCCAUCCGCUCCCUAGCUGCCUCCCGCCUCUACCUCCAAGGCCACCUGGCCAAGGUUUACCUGAAACUGGCACAGGUGCCACUACUAGAGUACAUUGACCCAAUGGAGGCACAGGAGAGGGCGCAGCAGCAGGUGGAACAACUUCGUCGACUCCUGCCUCAUGACUACCAGAAGAAGUACAUGGCGAAGGAACACAUCCUCACCAAAACAACUGACACCUUGACACUGAAGACAGAGAAAGUUACUAAACUCACUAAGCCAAAGUUGUCUCCACAUAUGUCCAGGGCAAAUACACCCCUGCAGCUGAGUCUCAGUUCCCCAGGACAGUAUUGUAGCAAUACCAUAGCCACUCUUCCCAAAGGGCGCAGGAGUGAUCCAACAGGCACCAAGGGCACUCUCAAGGUGUCCAAAGAACCAAGGAGAGGUAGUCUGCCGGGAGGAUACAUCAAGAGUGUUGCUGAUGCUCUGCGCGGCUCACCUCACACACCGGCCCACACAUCACCCACACACGCUCCACAAAUCAAGAUAGAGAGGGAUCUCUUAGGCAGCUACCCAGAGGAAAAUCUGUACAUGGUGACGGAAGAGUAUACGGCGGCCAAGAAGGACGAGGUGUCCCUCCUUCAGGGGGCUGUGGUGGCCGUCCUCAAGAAGAUGGACCCGAUGGGUGACCCCACAUGCUGGGUGGUCGACAAUGGAGAGACAGUAGGCCUGGUCAAAGCCUUGUGUCUGAGACAACUAACGAGUGAGAGAGAGUUUACAGCACUGGAACCUGCAGGACUACUCCCCAACACUUCCUCAAUCAACACUAACAGCUCAGGGUUCCAUCAGCCCCAACUCCAGGCUAAACACUGCCAGCCCCAUCCCACCUUUCACUCUCCAGCCCUCAGUCAUCAACUUGCCCCUCAAAUGGAAGUUUUAAACCCCCAUCCCACCCCUGAGUCCCAAAUCCUCACCUUCCUCCCUACCUCACAGUCUCAAACUAUGGACUCCCACCACCCCUCUCAUUUGCCUUUGAAACAUAGUCGAUAUCCAGUGAGUGAACACAACCUGAACACCCUACAGAGUGAAACCCAUGAAGCAAUAGGACUACACACAUUUUAUGACUCAGAGGAGCAAUGUUCAAACUACAAUGCUGAGAGUAUUGGUCAGGAGUAUGAGGCUUUGUAUGACUUCGAGGGAGGUGACGAGACCCAACUUAGCCUCAGUCAGGGUCAACGUGUCCGGGCCAUCAACGACGACUUCCCUGACUGGUGGUAUGUGAGUGACUCCACUGGCCACGUAGGCUAUGUUCCGGCAACCUAUCUCCAUAACCCGACAGAUACCAGCCGAAAAAGCGCUAGUGUACAAAAAACAGCAAUAACCCAUCAGACAUCGACACAUAACCUAUGCGAUCAAACGACUUCAACCAGAUUUUAAUUAAUCUGUCUGUACAGUAUACUGUAUGCAUCUAAUCCUGCUAAACAUGCUCAACUUUUGCUCAGACUUGUCUGCACAAAGUUUGCAUAAACUUAGAACUGUGCUUUUUUUCUCCACACUGUACAGUUAUGUUAGCAUAAACAGCUUAGUUUUCUCUCAGAUUUGAGAUUAUAUUUAUUGCAGAGGAAAAGUGGUCUGACAAUGGUUUUGCAGAGACACAUUUCCUCAUGAUAAUUUAUUAGAAUAAUUAUAACUGGAGGAUAACGAUUAAUUUAGCUAUCUUCAGAUGGACAAAUAAAGAUAUCACUAUUG